AUGGAUCUGACUCUGAUGAGAGCAUGUGUGCCAAAGCUGAACCUGGACAAUGUCCUCGAGCUGAAGAAAGAAAUCGCUAAAUCCGUGGAAGAAGAGCUUGACAUAGCCAUGACUGCUUAUGGUAAUGAGAUCCUCCAAACCAUUAUCAUAGAUAUCGAGCCUGAUCAACAAGUUAAAUGUGCCAUGAACGAAAUCAACGCCUGUGAAGCUGAGUCCAAGUACCUGUAUGGACUCGAUAUAGCUCGUCAGAGACAAGCUAUCGUGGACGGACUGAGAGACAGUGUACUAGGGUUCACUGGAAACGUGCCGGGAACGUCAGGGAAGGAUGUGUUGGACAUGGUGAUGAUGACUCAGUACUUUGACACGAUGAGAGACAUCGGAGCUCACUCCAAAUCUUCUUCGGUGUUUAUCCCUCACGGCCCAGGCGCUGUCUCUGAUGUGGCAACACAGAUUCGAAAUAGAUUACUCCAGGUCCACCAGACCAAUGCUUAA